AUGACAGUCCAGCCCAAAGAUCAAGUCUACGUCCAUUUCGGACGCGGCGGUGCAGGCAACAUCAUCAACUCCACAACAAGAGAAACCCGCCGUCCCUCUUGGAUCGCCGACUCGCAAUCGCAAUCGACUGUCACAGGCCAUGAACGAAUCCAUGUAGGGCGACGUUUCUCCACGGGAAUAGGCGGAUCAGGAAACAUGUCUGCGGCAAGUAAAUUCCAAGACAGGCGGGAGGCCGAUGAGGAAAUGGCAAAGUUGCUGUACGACAGGCAAGCGCCCGGCAUUGUGCUUAUCGAGGGUCGCUAUCACACAGGACGAGGCGGCGCCGCCAACAAAUAUGCCAACACUGAGCUGGAAGACCAAGAAGCACGAUUGAAUAAUGAGAAUAUGCGGCGCCAGAGCUUCGCAAGUAUGAGCCACCGGAGACAGAGUCUGGCAAGUCUCAUACCGUCAAGCGGAGAGGACAGUCGAAGGCCCAGUAUUGCUUCAAUACGAGAUUAUCUCAUGGCGAGGAGGUCGAGUAAGGCCUGA